CAGGUGAACCCUCUGCAGCAGUGACGACCACAAUGAUGAUGAUGAUGAUGAUGAAGAACUUUGGCAUGACUCUUCAGGCUCUAACCCUCCUCCUUGUGAUUGCUCUGCUCUGGAACCACGCUGCAGCGAGCAAUGCUGAAGCUCAAGACUGCUGUCUGUCCACCAGCGACUAUGAGAUUCCUCGCAGAAUCGUGGUGGAGUAUCAGAAGCAAACCGUGGAAAGCGGCUGCAAGAUUCCAGCCACUGUCUUUGUGACCAAAAAGGGGAGACGUCUGUGCGCUCCAGUUCCAGAGAAGAGCGAGUGGGUCGCCAAGCUGAUCAAGAAACUCAAGAAAAACGUCCGCAGAAGGAGGCAGAACGGAAAGCGUCAGUAGAUUGCCAUCCCUGACGGCAGCAGGCAGCUAACACGGGUCCAGCCCAUUAUCACGCGUGAGACACGCGUGACUGAGCAGGGAAAAAUAUAAUAAAAAUGAUACUGUAACAUGAACCUGUGGCUCUCACGCGUCUGAAUGAGCACCGUUUGACUUGGCCGAGCGGGUAGUUUCUCCUGUCCGACCGGGUCCGGUUCACACCAAAGCAAGAGAGUAGUACAUGUGCAAAAACCGUUUCUGUGACAGCUAAAUACAUGUUUUAACUCACAUCUUUCUUUCUUAACAGUACACACUGUGACUAUGUACUAAGGCUGCACUAAUAUGUGUACGUGUAUGUGUACUUUUCUUCAGUGAUAAGCUAUUUGUGUUUGAUUUUGUUUGGGCUUUAACCAUUUCGCAUGUAAUCAUUUGUAAAAGAUGAGAUGCAUUUUUUUAUACGACU